UCGAAUUCGCUCUUCUAUAAAUAAAAAUAAUUUCAAUAAAGUAAUAAUAGUUAAAUGAAUAAUAACUAGGUACAAAUAUUUAAAGCAAUAUUUUUAAUACGAGUUAUUUAAGCUCAAAGAAUUCUAAAAUUAACAUUUCCAACUUAAUCUACAUAUAUAUGAUAAUCAAGGUGGCGCUUUAAUAAUGUGGAAAAAUAGCACUUAUGAAAGAAGUACUAAAAGGAUAUUACCACCAACGUUGAAAAAAAUAUCAGAAAAUGAUUAUUUCUCUCUCUCCCGAGUAUCCCAUGGUAUACAUUUUGGUAUUUUGAAAACUUAUUGAAUUCUCUUGGUAUUUUUUGUCUGCCGAGGUUAGGUCUUAAAUGUUAAAUUAAAAACUUCAAAUAUGAAAAUAAUUUUCAUUUUUUCGUACGGAUGAAUAUUAAGUUUAUACAUAUCUCAAAAUUAUAAAGCUUGCUCGAACAGUCAUUGAAAUGUGAAUAAAGUACUUAUCCCGGAAACACCCCUAAUAUAGCUGUUCUAUGUUCAUAAUUAUUAGUGUAUAUGAUUCGUAAAUAUUAUUGUAUUACCACAAAGACUUAUUUUUACUUAAACAAAUAAUAAUAUGUGCGUAAGUAGGCAGUUGACCGUAACUACGUUGUACUACCGUCCACAAAAAUGUUUUACAUUUCAUACGCGAACUUCAAAUAGAGUGGACUUAUAACUUAAUUCCUUACUUACAUAAAUACAUACAAAUAUAUGUAUGAAUACCGUUAAUCAUGCCGGUUUUAAACAUUGUCCGCGUAUUACGAUUCUACACAAUAGUGCUGCGUCGUCUGGGAAUAAUGCCAAUUGGCUAUUGCUCGAAGGAAAAGAAAUAUGUACUCCAGACUGGUUGGAGCUUUCAAUUAACACACUGGACCUUGCAAUUUAUAUAUCUGCUAUCGAUGACAAUUUUGGCUAUGAGAAGAGAGGCGUUUUUCAUUGUGGAAUACACUUCUAUUGAAAACAACUACUGGAAUGUACUCGUUUUCGGUGCUUUGUUAGUGCAGUUCUUGAUUUAUGCUUGGAUGUUGAUGUUUCGUCACUUUCACUUCGACAUUAUACAACAUUGCAUUCAUUUAACGGAAGAAUUGUCCUGCAUUACCCCACGCAAGGUCGGCGUUUAUCAGCUAAUUAUGAUGGUGGCCGUUAUGGGAGCAAGUACGCUCAACACUUGCUUCAUGUGGAAUAGACUGUCGGUACCGAAUUCGUUUAGUGAAACAUGCUUCCAUAUACCGUGGCUAAUAUUUCAAAUGUACUACUUCAUAUUGUCGUUCAUAUUAUCGUUUUACAUUUGCAUCGUUCAAAUAAUAGCUGGACACUUGAUUACGGUUAACACUUUUAUCGCAGGGAUCACGCUACGGCGGUCAACGCGCAUUACCGAUAUAUAUUUGGACAAUAUCCAAAAUUUUUUAACUAUCUAUGACAACCUACUGUUGCUCUGUACCGAGAAUAUCAGUAAAAGUUACGGCGUCAUUUUUGUGCUCAUCACCUUUAUUUCGACGCUUGAUAUAACUUUCAUUGUGUACACGAUGUAUACUGGGCCUUUGGAAGGAUAUUUGCAGAUAAUUGAUUCCACAGCGCGAUCGGUAUCCUUUGCAUUGCCAUCGGUCAUAUUCUUAUGUAUGAUGCUGCUCGGCAGUGACAUUCAGGCUCAGGUGAGUUAAUGAACUGAGAAGCAACACCUGAUAAUUAAUUUUAACACAACAUAACCAAUAACCACACAACUUUUGCAAACAACAAUUUGACGACGUCCUUGUGUAAGGGUGAAGUCUAUGCAAAAUUUUAAUUUCGAAGUUAUAGCUAAUAUAAUGGAGCGGGCCAGUGUGCGUAUUGUAAUGUAUUAAAACUUUAAACGCAAUUAUCUCGAAACAGUGUUUUUAAAAACUACUCGUGUUGUAACUAAAAAAAUAUUGACUGAUUUAUCUGAAAUUUGGUGUGGCAUUUCUCUACAUUACAAUCGGAAGGAUAAACCUAAAAGAUAUUUUGCAUUGGGGUCAAAAAUGUAAAACAAUAGCUCUAAAUUCCGUAUUUUUCAGUCUUAUUUUAUAUUGAUUUUUAUACUUUUCUUUUAAAUUUAUAGGUUUAUCCUUUCUGUUAAUAUGUCCUAAAAAGCAAAUACUUCAUUGUUUCAAUACUUUCCGAUCAAUGGUUAAACAGUUUGGGCCCUCAAGUCGAAAGCAGCAGACAAAAAAUUAUCUUUUGAAAGAAAAAAAUAAUAAUUUUGACUCUAGAAAGAUACUAUAAAAUUGUGUUAAAGUCUAAAAACUAUUAUUUGACCACCUCCAAAAUUAGUUUAAAAUAAUUACCGAUUCGUUUGCUUUUACAUGAACUUCCCACCUUAAUGCUCAAAUAUUGCCAUCUGUGGCAUAACCGCACUAAAUCUAAAUUGUGUAAACAGAUAUUUUUGAUUAUUUAUAUGAGAUUGCAAUAGAAAUGUGGUCAUCAAUUAACUUAAUUAGCUGAUUACAACUUAUACGUUUGGCCUGUUGCACGUCUAGUUUAACGUAAUUUUAGUUACAAUCGGAAUGGCGUCAUUAAAGUAUUGGCAUAUUUACUUGUUACUGUUGCGUUUGGUAGGCAUAUGUCCUGCCAGUUUUUCGCGGAAAAAUAAGAAGUUCAUCUCAACCGCACGCGAUCUAUUAGUCGCGUUGGUCAUAACUGCUCUUACGUUGAUUACGACGGAGUGUCUUUUGCUGAUUAGCAUACAUUUUGCAUUCGGUCAUGAUUUGAAUAUGUACACUGACUUCAAAACGGGGAACACACUCUUCUUCAUAGAAAUUAUUGCAGCCACAGUUCUACAACUAUUUCAAAGUAUUUACAUUUUUAUGUUAAGGAACACUGGAAUCGAAAUGUUAAAUGUGAUUUAUAAACACAUUUGUGUUUACACUGAGAAUUCUUCAGCUUGUGAUUUCCGCUUGAAUCGCUGUAUUCGGUGGACCUUGGUUGCUCAUCUACUAACUCUAGCAGUGCACGAGGUUAAUCUGCUAAGUUCUAUUUGGGCGCAUAAUCUGCCACUUCGGCUGACGUUUUGUCUUUCAUUUGUUUUGACAAUCCGUCCAACGUUUUGCUUCAUAGUGUUGUCCACGUACAUCUACAUCGUGUAUGUGCUGUGUCAUAUAUUGGCCUUCUACAAUAACAGACUGCUGACAAUGGAAACUCAUCUAAUAAAAUCGAAACUUGUGCUGCGACAAAAAUUAUGUAAACUUUUAAUAUUGCGUACCGAAUUGAUUUCGCUUUCUUGUAAAAAUAUAAGUCAAGUGUAUGGUGUGGCUGUGCUGUUGGAGACCUGCUAUAUUCUCUCGAUAUUGCCCUCAUUUCCCGCAUUUGUGUUAAAAAUGUUCAGUUGGAAUAUGCCGUUCAACAUUAAGUUUCUGGGACACUCUGUCAGAGCUCUGUUUUGGGUGCUGCCACCGCUGCUCAUUCUAAUACAAGCAAUGGCGAUAAACACAAUCAACGCUGAGGUAAAAAUAUUAUAUUAAUUUCGGAUUAAGAUUUAAAACUUUUGAAUCGAGGGUUAAGUGGUAGGGCAGAACUAUUGUUAAUCUCUCGACAUGAGGCAAGUUUUGUUUACUCAAAAUUCAAAUGAGCAAUUUGGACAGAUAAAUAAUCUGUAAGCACAAAAACAGCUGGCGAUAAAGGAGGUGCUUAGUUCGAGUGUAGCCGAACACUUCAAACUCUCGCGAUUUAUGUAUAUAAUUAUAUUAUGACAAAACACAAUUUGAUCCACAUAUUCGGCAUAAAGUCCACCAGGAUAGCGAAAAUCAUUAUUUGUAGUAUAUGGAAGCAGGUGUAAUUCCUAGGCAGUUUUCACUAUUUUUUGUCAUCAAGCUACAUCAAAUCCAAGAUAAUACGUCCACUUAAUUUUUGAUAUCCCACAUAUUAACCGAUAUAUACGAUAUAUACGAUAUCGUCCCCUCAAUAUAACAAUAGCGUAUGUGCUCAUACGCCAUUAUUUUUUUAUUGCAUAUUCAGAAUCUCAAUCAUUGAUUCUAUGUCUGCUCAAAAUUUCGUCAAAUUCUACUUCCACAAAGUGGGUCAAAAUGUCAUUGGAAAAAAUGGUGUAUAAUUUCAUGUUCAUGUUUUUUGUUCAUGCUUUCUGAUUUGAAAAAAAAACUUUAAACUCGAUUUUCUCAAAACCCAGAAAAAAAUUAUACGCUAUUGUUAUAUUGAGGGGACGAUAUAUAGUCAACCGGAAGUUUGAAAAUCCGUAUUUGAAGUAUAUGGGGGCUCGAGAAAGUAUUGACCUGGUAUUGGUUGAGCAGUUUGAGACUUCCCAUUUUCCAUUUUGUAAAAAAAUCUCAGUGCAGCUUUCUUCUGCCAUUUUUUAUGUAAAAUUUUGUGUUUCUGACGUUUCUCGAUAGUGAGUUAACGCAUGUUUAGUCAUUUUCAACCUAACCUUUGUAUGGGAGGUGGGCGUGAUUAUUAUGCGAUUUCUUUCAUUUUUGGACUGUAUAAGGAAACGGCUAAAAGAAACGACUGCAGAAAGUUUGGUUUAUAUAGCUUUAUUGGUUUGCAAGAUAUAUACAAAAAACCUAUUUGGGGGCGGGGUCACGCCCACAUUUCCAAAAAAAAUUACAUUCAAAUGUACCCCUCCCUAAUGCGAUCCUAUGUUCCAAAUUUUAUUUUCAUAACUUUAUUUAUGGCUUAGUUAUAGCUCUUUAUGCGUUUUUGGUUAUCGCCAUUCUGUGGGCGUGGCAGUGGUCCGAUUCCGCCCAUCGAACUUAACCUUCUUAUGGUGCCAAGGAACACGUGUUCCAAGUUUCAUUAAGAUAUCUCAAUUUUUACUCAAGUUACAGCUUGUACGGACGGACAGACAGACAUCCGGAUUUGAACUUUACUCGUCACCCUGAUCACUUUGGUAUAUAUAACUCUAUAUCUAACUCGUUGAGUUUUAGGACUUACAAACAACCGUUAUGUGGACAAAACUAUAAUACUCUCUUAGCAAAUUUUGUUGCGAGAGUAUAAAAAGAAAACAAUACUUUUGUACUAUAGAAAGAUUUAAUAAAAUAUUGCUUAAGUGUAGAAACAGGAUAGACCGAUUUUUUGGUUUUUACAUGAACUUCCCACCUUAAUGCUCUAAUAUUGACCGUCAUCUAUGGCAUAACCGCUCUAGAUAUAAAUUGUGUAAACAGAUAUUUUUGAUUAUUUAUAUUUAAUUGCAACCGAAAUGUGGGAAUCACUUAACUUAAUUAGCUGAUUACAGCUUAUACGUUUGGACUGUUGCACGUUUAGUUUCACGUAACUUUAGUUACUUUCGGAAUGGCGUCAUUAAAGUAUUGGCAUAUUUACUUGUUACUGUUGCGUUUGGUAGGCAUAUGUCCUGCCAGUUUUUCGCGGAAAAAUAAGAAGUUCAUCUCAACCGCACGCGAUCUAUUUGUCGCGGUAGGCAUAACUGCUCUAACACUGAUUAUGACAGAAUAUCUGUUGCUUAUUAGCAUAUAUUUUGCAUUCGGUCAUGGUUUAAAUAUGUACACUGACUUCAAAACGGGGAACACACUUCUCAUCGUAAAAUUUUUUGUAGCCACAGUUCUACAACUAUUUCAAAGUAUUUACAUUUUUAUGUUAAGGAACACUGGAAUCGAAAUGUUAAAUGUGAUUUAUAAACACAUCUGUGUUUACACUGAGAAUUCUUCAGCUUGUGAUUUCCGCAUGAAUCGCUGUAUUCGGUGGACCUUGGUUGCUCAUCUACUAACUCUAGCAGUGCACGAGGUUAAUCUGCUAAGUUCUAUUUGGGCGCAUAAUCUGCCACUUCGGCUGACGUUUUGUCUUUCAUUUGUUUUGACAAUCCGUCCAACGUUUUGCUUCAUAGUGUUGUCCACGUACAUCUACAUCGUGUAUGUGCUGUGUCAUAUAUUGGCCUUCUACAAUAACAGACUGCUGACAAUGGAAACUCAUCUAAUAAAAUCGAAACUUGUGCUGCGACAAAAAUUAUGUAAACUUUUAAUAUUGCGUACCGAAUUGAUUUCGCUUUCUUGUAAAAAUAUAAGUCAAGUGUAUGGUGUGGCUGUGCUGUUGGAGACCUGCUAUAUUCUCUCGAUAUUGCCCUUAUUUCCCGCAUUUGUGAUGAAAUGGUGGAAUUGGAAUAUGCCGUUUAACAUUAAGUUUCUGGGGCACUCUGUGAGAGCUCUGUUUUGGGUGCUGCCACCGGUACUGAUUCUAAUACAAGCAAUGACGAUAAACACAAUCAACGCUGAGGUAAAAAUAUAAUAUUUCUUACGGAUUAAGCUUUGAAAUCUUUGGAUCGAGGGUUAAGUAGUAAAGCAGGAUUAGUGUGAUUCUAAAUAUAUUUAUAUGAAAAUUACAAAUGAAAAUUGGACAGAUAAAUAAUCUGUAAGCAUAAAAACACCUUUCGAAAAUUAGAAAUUAAUAUAAAUAAUAAGUACUUAAGCGCCCAGCAAGGUAUUCUGACGAAAGGUAUUACUAACCAAGGCACAUUAGUUCAUCGACAUUAAUUGAGAUACUAGUGAGCCAUCGUAUCUAUAGUUCCAUCCGAAAAAUCAAAAUGAUUUCGGAAAAAAUGUUAAAGAGGAAAUAUAUUGCAUAAUAUGUGUGUGGAAUUAAGUACAAACUACGUUAAUCAUCAGAAUUUGUUUGUAUUCUGAUUUUAAGCUUUUUUCGAUAAAUUUAAGACGUUUUCGUUAUUUUUUAGUGCCUUUGUAUAUACAUAUGUAAGCUCAAUUAUAUGAAAUACAUUUUAUGACUAAUACAAAUUUUACAUCUAUUUUUAGGCGAACAAGACGAUCAAAAUUAUUGAGAAAAUUCCGCGAACUGGCACUGGACUGGAUAAAAUGGUGGAUAAGUUUUUGAUGAAAAAUAUCCGCAAGAAACCGAUAUUGACGGCAUAUGGAUUUUUCCAACUGGAUCGCAGCGCUUUGUUCAAGCUUUUUACAGCAAUUAUUACGUAUAUAAUGAUAUUAGUGCAAUUCACAGAUAUUGAAAACUCGUUAAAAACAAUUGAUU